GACCAAAAGCAGCCAACCGUUAUAACUUGACACGUAAUCCAAAUCCAAUCAUCCCAAAAAAUAACGAACUCGCAGAUAAUGAAAGGACACGUGUCGAAUUUUGAAGGGUGGGUGUACCAAAGUUGCAUGGCCUCGGCGGUGAACAUAGAAUCCUCAAACCAAACGGAUGAAGUGUUAAAUUAAAAGAGUUAGGGCAAAAGAUGGUGAAGCAACCCAACUCAAACUCUGGUCAACAUUGCAGCUCACCAGAAAUUAACUCCCAAUAUUGCUUCUCAAACACAGUCAUGACACCCCUCUCUCUCUCUACAUUUCUAUUUCUCUUUCUCUCUCUACAUUUCUACCGCAAAAAGAAAAAGAUUCGACUUACCAAGACUUAUCAGCUUAAACUUUAACAUCUGUUGAUAUCUUAACGUGGUAUCAUAAACUAGAAGUUCUGUGUUUGAACUCUUAUAAUGUUAUUUCCUUCUCGAUUGUUCUUGAUAGUCUUGUUUAGUCAUGUCAUAAUUCAAGCUCACGAAUGAGAGGGAGGCCUCCAAGAGACAGCCGUGUUGGCUAGGGAAUGAGACCGAUUAGUAACACCUACCAAAAGGUCUCAUUCACGAACUUCUAGAUGAGAUUAACACCUGAAAUCCUUGAUAUCUCCUAGGUUCGGGUCUUAUGGCAAAUUCAAAUACAAAAUAGAUUCGAUUCCGAGUUAUAAAAGGAAAAAAAAUGAAUGAAGGAGUGUUAGAAUGUGAAGUUUUUUUAUUUACCAUAGUCUAUCAUCUUGAACUUUUGAGUUUAAUUGUAGUCUAACAUCUCUGCAUUUUCAUCCAUCUCUUCUGUCUCUCCAUUCUCAAAUACCUAACUUUUUUGAAGCUUCCCCAAAUUACCAAACUUGACCAAAAACCUCAUAUCUUAGCCUAGAAAUGAGAAUGGACAUGAGGGCAAAGCCAAGUCAAAUCCUGUUCAAAAGCAGCCAAAGCCUGUGAAAGGAAAUAUCUGUGCUUCCUCUUCUUGCCCUCACAUAUAUAACUACCACAAUAUUCCUCAGUUUGGUGGGUUAGCUCAUCUCCUUUCCUUAUUUGCCAUUCUAACAAUCAAUCUCUCUCUCUCUCUCUCUAAUCGUUUAUCUCUCUCUCACUCUUUCUCUGUCUAUCUUCUUCAUGGACUUGCCAAUGAAGAGGCCUAUUUCAGGUAACCAGAGAAGAACCCAGUACAGAAUACAAGCCAGAAAUCUUUGUUACAAAAUAAGUGAGAGUAUUGAUGGAUUGAAUUGGCUGUGUGGUGGUGGGAAUCCAAAGAGAGGUCCAAAGUUCAUUCUGAAGAAUGUGAAUUGUGAAGCCAGAGGUGGGGAGAUUACAGCUAUUGCUGGUCCUAGUGGAGCUGGAAAAACAACAUUACUAGAGAUUCUUGGAGGAAACAUACCUUUGAGGAAGAUUUCAGGCCAAGUGCUUGUUAAUGAUCAGCAUAUGGUUGAGAAGGUGUUUCCGAGAAUCUCGGGAUAUGUCACACAGGAUGAUGCUCUCUUCCCUUUACUCACAGUUGAAGAAACACUCAUGUACAGUGCUCUGCUGAGGCUUUCUGGUGGGAGAAAAGAAGCGGAAUCUAGAGUGAGGAAGCUGAUGAAGGACCUCGGGUUGGAACAUGUAGCAGCAUCGAGGGUUGGAGGAGGAUCGAACCGAGGCAUUUCAGGGGGUGAAAAGCGGCGGGUUUCAAUUGGAGUUGAAUUGGUUCAUGACCCAGCAGUGAUUUUCAUUGAUGAACCUACUUCAGGGUUGGAUUCAGUCUCAGCACUUCAUGUGGUCUCAGUGCUUAGAAGAAUGGUCAUUAACCAAGGUAAGACUGUUCUUUUAACCAUCCAUCAACCCGGUUUUCGAAUCCUGGAACUUUUCGAUCGUCUGAUUCUGCUUUCGAAUGGAAUUGUGAUGCAUGAUGGAUCAUUGAAUCAUCUUGAGGAGAGGCUUAAGCUUGCUAAUCAUCAGAUCCCACACCAUGUCAAUGUGCUUGAAUAUGCCAUUGAUGUUGUGGACAGCUUGGCGAUGCAUACUUCAGAAACUUUCAACAAACUCCAUUACCUACAAAACAACAUUGAGGAUCAGACAAUAAGAGUUCCAUGCCUCGAGAAGACUGACGAAAAACAUGUUUCUUACCAGAAUUCUCGAUCCAAGGAAGUCGUUAUACUAGGACAAAGAUUUUUCAAAAACACAUUUAGAACCAAACAACUCUUCGCCACGAGAGUCAUUCAAGCGUUGGUAGCUGGAUUGCUACUUGGGACCAUAUUCUUCAAAACUGGGAAUGAUAAUGGAAAAACUGCAUUGCAAACCCGGCUAGGGUUUUUCGCCUUUAGUCUCACCUUCUUGCUGUCUUCAACCACAGAGGGUCUCCCAAUCUUCCUGAGAGAGAGAACGAUCCUAUUGAGAGAGACAUCAAGAGGUGCUUACAGAGUAUCUUCCUAUGUUCUAGCAAACACCCUCAUCUUCCUCCCUUUCCUUCUGAUGGUCUCUCUCCUCUUUGCAGCCACUGUUUACUGGUUGGUUGGUUUCAAAAACGACAUUUCCGGGUUCUUCUACUUCUCCCUAGUCAUUUGGAUGGUUGUCCUAAUGUCCAAUUCUUUCGUAUCAUGUUUCAGUGCUCUCAUCCCGAACUUCAUUACAGGAACCUCAGUAAUAUCAGGGCUAAUGGGAUCUUUCUUUCUAUUUUCUGGUUAUUUCAUCUCAAAGAACGACAUCCCUAACUACUGGAUUUUCAUGCACUAUUUGAGUCUUUUCAAGUACCCAUUUGAGUGUUUUCUGAUAAAUGAGUAUGGAGGAGACCAAGGGAAGAGGAGAUGCAUAGAAUCAAAACAGGGAGCCUGUACAACAUAUGGAGAAACGUUCUUAAGACAACAAGGUCUAAAAGAGUCACAAAAAUGGAGCAAUUUGGCAGUGAUGUUGGGUUUCAUUGUUGGGUACAGAAUCCUCUCUUUUGUGAUCUUGUGGUACAGAUGUAACAGAACCAGAAGCUAGAAGCUAGAUUUAUAGCCAGGGAUAUGGAUAGAUAUUUGUUUUCUUUGUAUUUUUUCUUUCUUCUUCACUUCAUUCAAAUUUAUUUAUACCUUCUUUGUUCAGAUUUUGUUGAAAAUUUUAGAAUGUUACUAAUGUUACAUCUUCAUACAGAAGAAAUAAGACUUCAAAUUCAUCAUUUUUCAUACAAUAAGUUCGAUCAGGGCACAUCCCAUAUUGAUCCUGAAGCUAUUGGUUUAUCCUUAAGAGAUCAUUCAUUUUGAAAAAGAAAUAUAGGUUCUGUUUUUUGGUUUUGGGUUUCUGAAUAGAGCAUUUUCCUGUUUUUUCUUUUCCCUAAAUAGAAAGAGAGAGAGAGAGAUAAAGAUGUAACAAUUAAAAUGCACAACACAUCAAGCAGCUCCAUAUCUUUUAUAUGCAAAUA